AUGCAAUCUGCUCGACUCGCCGCGCCAUCGGCAAAUGUGCACUUUCCCUCUCUUUCGCCAUGCUCUCUAUUUUACCUGGACAUUGAGGACAGGGAUCUUUCUGCCAAAUUGAUUUCUACGCUUUCGUCGAUUGGACUGAAAGUUACAAGCUUCUUCAGUAUCGAUGUGACACACAUGGUUACAAACAGAGUGUCCUCGGACGAUUUGAGAAAGCUAAGGAUCGAUGCACGGGUGUCUCAGCCGCAGGAGCCGCCAAAAUCGGCGCUCUGUCCCUCUCCAAUGGCCAGUCCAAUUUCAUCGACCACCUGGAAGCCAACAAAGGAGGGGUUGUUGACGCCGGUUUCGGUGUUUUCGCCAUCCGAUUGCAAGUCAAUUGCGAUGAUUCUUUCCGCCACGGUCGGGUCUGAAAGACAGCGGUCCUUGGAUCUUAUAAAAAAGGCGCUUGAAAUGAAAAUUACAAUUUGGUCGAUCAACCGUAUGGCGUUUGCAAGCAUUUACUUUAUCGGUAGAGCUAUUUACCAUCCUACGGUCGCUCAAUGUCAAAGUGCCGCACAAAAAAUCAAAGGACAAUUCAAGCCUCCUCCAGGCGCUUCAAGAAUCGUCUGGAAAAAUCAAGAUCGAAAAAAAGGCAAAGAUUUCCAGGUUGCUGACACACACAAUAUCGACGGCAUCGACAACCCCUCUGCCACAGUAAAAAGAGCAUCCGAGAAUUUCAAGCUGUUUGAGCAUCAUUUUGUGAUGAUCCAAGAUAUUUUCCACUAUUACAAGCCGAUUUUUAAGGAAUAUCCGCCGGCAACGUCUGGCGACAAUAACCAGGUGGCGACAUAUCCGACGCUAUACCUUGCUGCUGCAUUUGGAUUUUGCCCAUUUCUUGUUCAGUCGGUCAGAAAGUCCGGCGUUUCUUCGAAGGGCGUUUCAUCGAACGUCGGUGUCCACCAUAGCUUCAUGUCUUCAAUGGCACAUCAAAAGUCUAGAUAUGAGCGUGUAAAAAAGCCAGGGUUUUGCGAAUGCUGCUUGGAAAAAUACACGGACAUGGACGAGAGCCGUUCCACCGGAAAUUUGCAAAAUCAUCCAAAAACUAUUCGGCUUUAG